AUGCCUGUUGUCCUGUGCCCCAAGUGCACUACGACUGAGAAGCAAGUUUGGGUCAUGCCUGGUCACUCCUGUCCCUACUGCGGCAACGCGAUUCGUGUCUCUAAGAACUCAACCGUCUCGACUUUCAAUAUGGUUGAGCGAUAG